AUGGGCCAGCGGUUCUCUUCAUCUAGGAAUGAGUGCCACCAAGAUUUGGCCUCCACCUUUAACAAAUAUUUUAAGAAGUUUAAGGUAGAAAACAAAAUCAUUCCUCAAGAAACCUUAGCUUCAAUUGAGUUAAACUUGUCCAAAGGAAACAUUCAGGUGGCAAACUCUUCGAUCACUAAUGCAUUAAAAGAAAUUGAUAGCACCCCACUCAAUGUUGCUGUGACCGGAGAGUCUGGAGCAGGGAAGUCCAGCUUCAUCAAUUCCCUGAGAGGGGUUGGGCAUGAAGAUAAAAAUGCAGCUAAAAUAGGUGUGGUGGAAACAACCAUGGAGAGACAUCCCUACACCCACCCCAAUAUUCCCAAUGUGGUUUUUUGGGACAUGCCUGGGAUUGGAACCACAAAUUUCCCACCCAAAGAUUAUCUGGAGAAAAUGAAAUUCAAUGAGUAUGAUUUCUUCAUCAUUGUUUCUGCCACACGCUUUAAGAAAAAUGAUAUAGACCUUGCCAAAGCAAUCAGCAUGAUGAGGAAGGAUUUCUAUUUCAUGAGAACCAAGGUGGACUCUGACUUAAAAAAUGAGAUGGAAUUCAAACCACGAACUUUUGACAGAGAAAAGGUCCUGCAGCAGAUUCGCAGCAGCUGUGUGAGGACCUUUGAGGAGAAUAACGUUGAAAUACCACCCAUCUUCUUGAUCUCUAAUAAAAUCUUAUCUGACUAUGAUUUCCAAAUCCUGAUGGACAAGGUGGUGAAUACUCUCUCUGUAUACAAACGUCACAAUUUUAUGCUCUCCUUGCCAAGUAUUACACAUGUGGCCAUUGAAAGGAAGCGGCAGUUCCUGGAGCAGAGCAUUUGGCUCACAGCCUUUGCGACUGCCCUACUCAAUAUGAUCCCUUCACUGAUUAUCUUAACGGGCAGUGAUGUGGAGAAUCUUAGGUACAGCAUGAACCUCUAUCGAGCUGUCUUUGGAGUGGAUGAUGCAUCCUAGGAGGGUUUGGCUGAGGACUGGCAAGUGUCGGUGGAUCAGCUCAAGGCAAAGAUGAAAUCUCCUCAUGUGUUUGAAACUACAAAGGAAGAAACAAUACAAGAAAGACUUUCAAGACUUUAUGAAGAGUUCCAUUUGGCUAAGGGGGACGUAUUUGAUAAGAAUGUUUAUGUUAAAGAAUUGUUUUACCUAAAAUAUUAUUUCCUUGAUAUGGUGACAGAUGAUGCUAAUGCUCUUCUCAGAGAGAUAUGUGUAAAAAAUAACUUGGUUUCUGAUUAG